UCUGCACACUUCACUUCUGCCCGUCGGCCUUGCUCGAACUUCUCCUACUCUCGCUUGAGACUUCGCUGUGUUCACUGCCAUCAUUGUUCCGGCGCAUCACCGCGGUUACUCCUUGACGGAGCGCGCGCAUUCCGCAUUCCAUCCGUCGCCGAGGGCACGUUUGCGUCGCCAAUUCCUACUCCAGCAGCUACUGCCUGAGUGCGAUGCCUUCUGAAGGGGUUCCGCCUCUCCGCAUAAACAAAACAACGCCAUCCACAUCGCCGUCCAAGAUGUCCGGCGCCGCUUUCCAGCGACCACUGUCCGAGAUUGGUACGACGGAGCAGAGAAGAAACUCUCCUAGCUUCAACCAAUCUACCAAGAAACUCAUGUUCAAUCGAGACUCGUCUCCCUUCGACUCCUCGCCGUUCAACAACUCCCCGCGACUCUUUUGGAAAGAACGCGACCCAGCUUCCCCGGCCCACUUUGGAUCGGAGAACGAUUUUGAGCGCGAGCAGUCCCUGUCGCCCAAGCGCUCCUCCAUCGAGAACCUGAAGAAAGCGUCGCGCGUCAAGAACAGCAGCAUGUUCGCCCGCGAGCAGAAGAACGAAUACGACCCCACUUCAACUCCAGUCGUCGAGCGUCCUCUUGCUGCCGGUCGCCCUCUCAGCGUGCAGGCUCAAGGAAACGCAUACGGUGGCCAGAGUCUUAACGGGUUGCGAAAACAGAACGAGGAAUUCAAGGGACAUCGUAGAGGCGAGAGUUUGAGCAAGAUCCCUUUCCUCCUAAGCCCGAACAAACCUCCUGCGCGACCCAACGGAGUCUCCCCGUAUAACUCCAAUAGCGAGCUAGCGUCGCCGACUAAAUCAUCCCUCGCCAGCAACGCCAGGUUCAGCGCCGUUGGCCAGACAUACGACCCCGAAUCCAGCAUCUGGUCCGACGACGAGGAACAAUUCAAACAUCAAACCCCGCGUCCCUUGCGCCGACAUGCAAAGAGUGUAACCUUCGACGCCGCUCCACCCACAAUCAACGAAUACGAGAUGGUUACGCCUGAUCCAUCGUCUGUUGCUUCUGGUUCACGGGAGGGGAGCUUUGAUUCUGCUGAGGACUUUGACGACAGCUUCGAUCGUGGUUCGAUAGACCAUGAUGAUAGCUUUGACGCGUCUCUGGAGGAUACAGACAAGACGCCUGUUGUGCUGCCGGAAGACUGGCGACACAUGAGCCCUGAAGUCGCGAACACCUCUUUGGCAGAUACUUUUGAUGAUCCUUUCGAUGGCAGGGAGGCUAGUCCCAUGCCGACUGCACGUCCGAAUGGAGUCGCAAAGUCGGAGAACCGCCAGGGCUCAACCAACUCGGAGGGUGAAUCAAGGCCUUUGCCGCCUCUUCCUGAGCUUCAAGCAGCGAAUGGCCACCGUAGGAGAGACUCCAGCAUUGGACUAUCGACCGCGGCUGAGCGGGUGAGUGGCGCGCAGCGGUCUUUACCGAUGCCUCCACGUGCCGCUGGAGUGUCCAAAUCCGACAUUCUGAACAUGCGUGAUACCUCCAUGUCGCUUGAGGACAGGCUUCGUCUGAUGGGUCUCGAUGAUCGCAACACCGAUACCCCGACUCAGGAAAGCCACAAUGAAUCUCAACAUUCGAGGUCGCCUCAGAAAGAACAGGGUCUCGGAAUCCAAGUCCAUGUGGAUGAAGUCGAUGAGGUAGAUGAUUCUGAGAUGGAGUCAUUCAACAUCCCACGGAUCUCACGGGAGUCCAUUCUGCGAAAAGUGAAGAGCCGUAACUUCGACGACUACGACUACGACUUCUCCAUGGCGUCUAGUCCCGAGCGGAGCUACGGUGAUCUUGCGGAUCUCGAUCCUGACGUUCCAAUUCCUUCCCGAGAGGCUUCUUCGAACUUUGAUGUCGAUGUUCCAGACGCGCCAGUCAAGGCUGGAAGCGAUGCCGACAGCGUGGUUGACGCAUACUCCCUGACUGAGAUGUACAACCCCGAGCGGUCAGUUUCCCAAGUGGACGACUACGAUCGCGAAGCAUCUGUCAUACACCACAAGACAGAGCAGGAGCGUCAAGAUGACGAUGACGCCAGCCUGUACUCUCAGAAAUUGACUGAAGAGGUUGAAAAGCCACCAACAAUCACAGACUCUGAUGGACCCCCGACGCCAAAAGCAGAGCACCAUACUGCACCUGAAACUACCGCCAGUGACUUGCCUGACUUUGGCUCUUUCGUGGGAGACGAUGAUUUCAGGUUGAAGUUCGACUCCUACAUGACGCCUUCCAUUCCUAAGGCUCCAGAACCAGCUCCUCGUGAGAUCGCUUUGGAAGCUGCUUUUGAGGCUAUCCCAGCAUUCGAACCACAGCCGGAGCUGACCCCACGCCCUGCGACGCCCGAGGAUCAAUUAAAGCUGCCUCAAUUCUCAGCAGAAGAAUCUGAGCAUGAGCCAGGUACUCCAGAUUCAGUUAUCCGGCAUCCAAUGAUUGAGCCGCAAGAGCGCGAUUCUCCCGUGGUCCCAGAGCCGAUUGCAACCAUAAAAGCACCUGGGGCAAAGCUAAAGACUCGUCCAUCCCUUGUCCAGUCCGACAUCAGAGCUAUGGCAGCUCAGCGUCGCCAAGUCAGUGGAGAGCGAGCACCACCGGUUCCGGAGCGAAGUCCCAAGAGGCAGUCCAUGAGUCUGGACAUUACCAAUGGCGAUGAAGAGGAAUCAGUCGAGGAGCACAGCGAUGGAUCAAACAAGGAGAAUCCACCACGCCGUCGCGAGAGUAAUAGACUCAAGCUCGACAUACCAAUCAGCGGAGCAUCCGACGAUCUGAGCUUCGGUUUGGAUGAGGAAUUUGACCGUGUUAUUGAGGCGCAGAAGAAAGGGUACCUGAUGAGACAAAACACAAAGGUGGUGGUUGCAAGUAGUCGGCAGUUCAGCGAUGAGCAGCCGCCAAUGUCACCGACCGAAGCUUCUGCUCCAGACGGCAGAGGAACACGGUCCGCUGGAACCAGCCCUCGCAAGCCCAGCGCUGACCGGAAAGCCUGGACAACUGAGCCAUGGAAUGGAAAGGUCAGGAGAAAGAGCAUUCGCUCGACCUCUGGUAAUGUACGGAAGGCUCCCAGUGGUCCAGCACCUCCGCUGCCCGGCCAAGAGAGCAAUGUAACUGCUGGGCUGAGAACUCUCGUUGAAGGCCAAACAAUGAUAGAUGAGGAUACCGGAGAGGAGAAGGAGCGAGGGAGAUUGUUUGUCAAGGUUCUUGGAGUGAAAGACCUCGAUCUACCGCUCCCAAAGACCGAACGAACGUGGUUCCAACUCACCCUCGACAAUGGAUUGCACUGUGUGACUACCGCAUGGCUUGAGCUUGGCCAGACCGCUCCUAUUGGCCAGGAAUUUGAGCUUACCGUCUACAAGGAGCUUGAAUUUCAACUCACUCUCCAAACCAAGCUCGAGGCACCGCCGGAGCCGCCUAUGCCUACCACGUCUCCGACGAAGGUUAUAAAUCACAAGAAGUCUACUUCAGCUUUCAGCCGUCUCCUUUCUUCCCCCAAGAAGCGUAAAGAGCAGGAGCGCAAGCAAAACGAGGCAAACGAGCGUGCUGCCGAGAUCAAACAGCAGGAAAUGCAGUCUAAGCGGGCCAGUAAACAAGCUACUGCCUGGGACCUGCUGCACGACCUCGUAGGCACAGAUGGCUCAUUUGCACGCGCAUAUGUCUGCCUCAACAACCAUGAGAGUCAGGCUUUCGGCCGACCUUUCACUGUCGACAUUCCAUGCUUCAACGAGUGGGCAGUGGAUCCUGGAAGCAGUGUCAAGAGCAAGCGAGGAGGAAUGGUCCGACGCCCACCUUAUCGUAUUGGCAAGCUUCAGUUGCAACUUCUUUACGUUCCAAAACCCGAGACUGCCAAGGACGAGGAUAUGCCGAAGAGCAUGAGUGCUUGCAUUCGCGAGCUGAAAGAGGCAGAGGAGCUUAAGGCUACGAGCUGGGAAGGCCCUUUGAGCCAACAAGGCGGUGACUGUCCAUACUGGCGCCGACGAUUCUUCCGCCUCUCGGGCACCAAGCUAACCGCGUACCACGAAUCUACGCGACAACCUCGUGCAACGAUCAACCUUGCAAAAGCCAGCAAACUGAUUGAUGACCGGAGUUCUCUCACACAGUCUUCACCGUCUAAGAGUGGAGGUCGACGCAAGUCCGCGUUUGCUGAGGAAGAGGAAGGCUAUAUGUUCGUCGAGGAAGGUUUCCGGAUCCGCUUUGCUAAUGGCGAGGUCAUCGACUUUUAUGCCGACAGCGCCGCGCAAAAAGAAGGCUGGAUGAAGGUCCUCUGCGAGACUGUUGGAAAGGACAUCGGUAGCUCCAAGGGCUGGACCGACCUCGUUCUCAACAAGGAGCGACGGGACAGGAACGCAAAGAAUAUCAAAGAGAACGCCCAUACCAACGCCGGCCAGCAGCGUCCUCGAUCUCAACCCCAGCCAUACGAGCGAGCCAGCAGCAAGAGCGCUCCCACGAGUCCGCAGAAGUGGAUGCACCGCGACUCCCAACAUCCACCUCCACCAGUCGCGAAGGACCCACGCCAUGCAGUUCCGCGAGUGAAUCCGGCAAAUCCGCGACGCGAUCAAGUGCGGUCCAUGAUCUACUAGAGCCGUGUUUUAAUCUUCUCUUCUUGAAAACACUGUUUUGUUUGGUGCCAAAAUGUCGCUGUGCGGCAAUUGUUGGUUAGCUGA